AUGGCGCUGGUAACCUAUAUCCUUCUCUGCACCGUCCUGGCAGGCCUCCGUGGGAGCUUCCAUCCAGAGCUACUGGGCUCGAUCACAACGACGGCGUUAGCUGUCGUCGUCUUUGAGAUCCUCUGCUUAAAAGUGGCCAUGUAUAUACUCAGCAUCAGCAAUGAUUCUCAGCUGCUUGACCUCGUGGCUUACUCAGGCUACAAAUUUGUUGGCAUCAUCGUGACGCUGCUUGCCGCCGGAAUUCUCACUCCAAGCAAGGGUACCGGUAGCUGGGUUGGCUGGACGGUCUUCAUCUAUACCUUUCUCGCCAACGCUUUCUUCCUGCUACGCUCGCUGAAAUACGUCCUUCUCCCCGACUCGACUAGCGACGCAUCCAUGCGGGCUGGCACUAUGCAUACCGUUGCCCGCUCUCAGCGGAACAGACGCACCCAAUUUCUUUUUAUUUAUUCUUACGUUAUCCAGUUCAUCUUCAUGUGGAUCCUCAGCCGCGAAGGUCCGUCCUCUUCCAACGCAGCAAAGGCCGCGGGAUCUGGAUCCCUGGCAUAA